AUGUCAUCAGCUUUGCUAAAAAUUGAACAAAUGCUGCACGAUUGGUCAACAGCAUCUUUAUCAAAUAUUUUUGUUAGUAAACCUUCUAUAUCAACUGAUUUAGAACUAUUGGCAUUCAAAUGGUCGAAUAACAUCGACAAACUUCGUAUAUUGCAUUGGUUCGAUUCUUGGUAUAUUAUUCCAUCGUCGAAUUCAUUUAUUACACCAGCUGUUUGGCUGCAGAUGUAUCAACUUCAACAGUGGAUAUCAUUUGACGAAUUCGUUGCUUGGUUGAAGUCUUGCUGGCUUGUAUGUCCAUUAAAUUCAUGUACAUGUCCAAGUGGAUUAAAAUAUUAUAUAUGCAAACAUUCAAUUGGACUGGCUAUGCUGCUCAAUAAAUACGAAGUUAAUGGUAAAACUCACUUACAAUUGUUGGGUAAACGACGUGGUAAAGGUACAUCGAAGAGAGUUCGAACUGCUCUGUUGUCAUGA